UCUUCCCUUGUUCCUCUCUCUACUACUCUUCAUUCUCUAGAUUCUACUUAUUCAGUGAAGCAUCACUAGUCCUCUUCGAUUCUCUUGCUUUGCUUCCUAUCCCAAACUCAAUUUGCCUCAUAUUUGUAUCAGCUGCAAGCCUGCAACUGUAUCACGUUUGUGUUAUUUCAGUUGGAUUAGGAGAGGGGUUGUUAACAGAUGCCCGUAGCACCCGAACCCAUAGCCCUCUUUCUCGCCGGCUCCGCGCGUGCGUUUGUCCGCACGAACCUUCGCUAGAUUCGUGCGACGAGCAUGGUGGUGGUGCGCCAACGCAGCCGCCCGUGAUCCUCCCGCGCCCUCGCUUGCCGGCAGAUCCCACUCAUGGUGGGCGCCAACGCAGGCGUAGAGCCGCUCGUGAUCCGCCGGCAACACCGGCAGCGCCUGCGUCCGCACUCCCGGCCUCCCUUCAAGCUCUGCAUUCAUGAACUGAUGCUGCUCGGCAUCAUCUCACUGCUGCUGAGCCAGACGUCGCGCUUCAUAUUCAAGAUCUGCGUGCCCUCGUCGCUCUUCACCAGCCACUUCUACAUGUGCUCGGACAGCGACUGCAAGGACCUUCUGCCGGACGCGGGCGCUAACCAGACGGCUCUGGAGAAGACCAUGCUUGGCAGCCACUCGAUGCACGUCUGCACCGAGGGCCAUGAGCCUUUUGUUUUGUAUGAGGGCCUCAAACAGCUGCAUGGGUUUUCGUUCAUCCUUGGUAUCACUCAUGUAGUGUACAGUUUUGUAACGGUGGUUCUUACCAUGAUCAAGAUAUAUAGCUGGAGAAAAUGGGAGACACUAGCAGGUCCGAUCGCUGCUCAGGAGAUAUGAAAGCUAGGAGAAACUGGGUGAUAGGGAGGCAGUCUACUUUUGUUUUUCACCAUGCUUCUCGUCCAUGGAGCAAAAACAAAAUAAUUAUUUGGUUGGUAAGAUUCCUUUUUCGUUCCUUGGUCGGGAUAUAUAAACCGGUUCUGAUUGUACUAUUCUGUACCUGAUAAGCAUGUUAGAUGGUAAAAGACUUAAAAAUGCCUUAUCUGCCCAUCUCAUUCAGUCAUUGUUAAUUUUACCUUGAACACACAUCAGAUGUUCAUUGAGAAUGACAUCUAAAAUGUCAUUGGACUAUAUAAAGGGAAAUAAAAAUCAUGUAUGUGAAGUCUCGAGUACUGUAAAUACUCAAUAACCUAUACUCUAAGAAUUGACACUUUUUAAUGUUAUAGGAUGUUGAAAUAUUUGGUAUAUCUUGUUUGAUCAAUACAGAGAAUACUUGGAUUGUAAAGUUUCUCUAAUUUUCACUGGAACACUGCAGUUGUGCUUUUUGUGUCAGUUCAAGGAUUCCAUCAAAAGGUCAUACUAUUUGGCACUGAGGUUGGGCUUUGUCACAGUGAGUACUUCAAAUAUGUUUUAUUCCUUUGUGUUUAGAUGCUUACGCGAAAGGGUGCCUAGCCAGAUUGGUUAGGUGGCCUCAGUAGCACUCCUCAGGUCCUGGGUUCGACUCCUGGUGUGAGCGAAUUUCAGGCUGAGGUUAAAAAAAUCUCUCGCCUACCUACACGCCAAAGCACAUGGAAAUAGGUCCCGGCUCACCCCGGCCCGCUCUCACACGGGUUACGGUAUGAGUUACAGCACCCCUGUGUAAGGGUGGGCAGGGGCGGGCCCAGGAUUUCAAACCUGGGUAUUCAAAAUCUUGAAGAGCAAUUUUUCUACAACCUAAAUUCUAGUUUUUUUUGCGAAAAAGGAUGCAACCAUGUAUUAGAUGAAAGUAAGCAUAGUACACCCCUUUCUUGUGGAAA